AUGGAGGAUUCAUGCGAUGUAUGCUUUUCUGAUCUGUCCACACCAGAUCGGGAAGCUGUGGAUGAGCUGAUACCCGGCCUUCGCAGAGUCAGCGUCCCUAACAUCACCCUGACCACAGACCGUCGUAGGCGGCCGAGGCGUGUUGCGAGCGAACACCCGUCUCGAUGCAGCUUCACGGACAGCGUUCGGGCGAACGGAGACCCCAUCACCCAGCAUGAAAACGGUAAGACUCCGCUUGUUAUUGUAACCUGCACUACUUGCCACAUGUACAGUUUAGCUUCUUCCGUCAGCAUAGAGGGGUUUACAUGUGCUAAGUGUAUUGAAGUAGUAAGGCUGACGGAGAAGGUUGCAGAACUAGAAGCGCGCAUCCGAACGCUAGUUGAGGACAGUAAGACCGCUAAUGUCAAUGUUACAAACACUGUUUCGGGUGCGUCUAGUGUUACGCGUAAUACACAUGGCUCGGUUCCGACCUCAGAGUCAAGGCGGCUGACUAACUGGGUGACUGUCAGGCGGCCUAGUCACAUUCGGCAUCCAAAUAACGUUCCUGUUUUAAUAUCAAACAGAUUUUCUCCACUCAGCAAUACACCGGCUGAGACAUCUGUUAAAGGUGCCCUGGUUAUUGGAGAUUCUAUACUCAGGAACGUUGACAUUGAGGCACCAGCCACCAUAGUCGAUUGUAUACCGGGAGCCAGAGCGUCUGACAUUAUAUCCAAACUUAAAGUGCUGGCUAAUGCUAAACGUAAGUUUUCUAAGAUUGUUAUUCACAACGGCACGAAUGACACCAGACUCCGCCAGUCGGAGAUCACCAAAGAUACUAUUAAAGAGGUGUGUGAAAUUGCAAAAACAAUGUCAAACAAUGUAAUUUGCUCUGGUCCCCUCCCCGCCUACCGGGGGGAUGAAACUUACAGUAGAUUAGUGUCUCUUCAUGGCUGGAUGUCAAAGUGGUGCCCUCAGCAUAACGUAGUGUUUAUAGACAAUUGGAAACAUUUCUGGGGAAGACCUGACCUGCUAAAGAGAGAUGGCCUCCAUCCGUCUCCGGAAGGAAGUGCUAUACUUUCUAGAAAUCUGACCAAUAGUCUUACUUUUGAUAUUGUCUGACUAUUCAGGGCCCAGGUCAGGAAACAGACAGAUCGGCUUACCCAUCAGUCUGUUAGCUGCCUUGACAUGUCAAGAUCACAUAUAUCCCAGCACAUAGAGCCUUUUUUACCAGAGUACCAACACAUCUCGACUGUGUCUGUUCAUCGAACAAAUAAAUACAGAGCACCGUUUACCU